AUGUCAUUAUCUUUGUUACAGACUCGAUCAGGGAGACAACUAAGCAAGACUGCUGAGCAACAAUCAAACGGAAAAUUUCAAGCAACAAAGACUCCCAGGAAUUCCCGAAAAGCGCGCGGCCAGAAUGGCUGGCAUGACAGUGUAAAACAAGAUGAGUGUGCGGUAAACACAGAGGAGCGCUUCGUGAGUGCAGAUUCUACUAACUACGAGGCCGCCAAUUUCGGAAGUCUAAAAGAAAUCAUGGAAGUACAAGAAAGACCAACUGUAGGAAACGCCGGGGAAAAUGUACCGUUUGAAAGUGGAAAAGACGUUGCGGAAAACAAACGAUCGCGGCGUGCACGCGUACGGCACACGUCGAUGUUAGAACGCCUGGCGCCGACGCCAGGCUACGUCGACAAAACGUCCAUGGAUUUUGAGUCACUAGCGCAGAGAAGGACGCCGCGAAUGGCUAGUUUAAACGCUGCCGCGAAAGUGAACGUGUUCUUUGAGCCUUCUAGUCCUUUAGCGGGACGGAGCUUGUUUGAGAUUCAACAGCAUAGCACCACAACCAAGAAACCCCCGGUGAGGAAUUCGACCGAGAGGAGGUAUUCGGACAGAGGGAGUUGCAAUGGAGCGGACAGAAGUUACGACAUGAGGGAGUUCCCUGACUCGGAAGUGUUCUUUCAGAGUGAAGUGACCUCGACGUGGGAUACGUCAAGAUCCAAGGGUGUGAUUGUUAGCCCCAAGGAUUUCGGCGAUGAGCCAAAACACUCGCCUAACAGCCAUUUUGAAUUUGUCACCAACGGUCAAAGGACAGGAAAAGAUAAUCUUAAGCGAAAGCCCGAGGCCGAUUCAACUUCUGAAGACGAGAAAAAAGCAAAGAGAGUCCACCUUGAUGGUGGCAGUGAACUUGUUAGCACUGAGACCAGUGACACAGUAGAUUUAGACGAAAGUGGAGAAGUAGAAUGCGACACGACCACGGAUUCGCCGCCCAAGACAAUGGUGGACGUGUGUAUUCAAGUGGAUCUGCCGCUGCCCCCUGUCAAGAACGUGCGGGUGCUUUCUGUACCAAUCAAAGGACAGCUUGUCACGUCAGCCGGUGCUGUUCCUUUCACCAAGAGCCACCUUGUCACGCCGGUCACGCCAUCAAAACCACCUCCGGAACUUAAAAUGAGCAAGACCGCGACAACAAAGAGGACUGCAAGCAUGAAUCAUCAGGCGAUGGAGAACGUUUUUGCUGCUAACGAUGGCCCUUUGGCCAAGUAUAAAUCCGUGGGUGGACUGAUAGAGGAGCGAGGCAAAACAAAAAAAGCUAAAGAGCUAACGAACAAAAUGCCGGCAUCGUCUUCUAUAGCACUUAAGAUCCCGAAGAUUAACUUUGCCGCCACAUCCACGUCUACUAUGAGUGCGGGGCGUGGCCGGCCCGCGGGAAACCCGCUAAAAAACAUCCAUUUAAAGAACUUGAAUAUUCAUCUAGAGAAAUUGGCUGCGCAGAGAGCCCGAGCCGAGCCUCGGGUGCCUAAGGUUUGUACAGGGAAGGAUGGGAGGGUAGCGUUAUGGGAGGGGUUGGGGAUAAUUGACAGUUGGUUUUAUUUUGCUGUGUUUCGCGCUUUGAAUUGGCUCACAAACCGAACGCGGCUUUCCGUGCGGUCAAAACCAACGGUGACUUGCUCAGUUGCGUUUUUCCCCGCUAUAUUAGGAACUUUAAGAUCCAACGACGCGACGGCAGCGAGAACGUCAAAAGAAAACAAUAGGUUUAAUAAGCAAAAGAACAGCUUCACGCGUGCAUCACGCUUUUAAGUACAUUUCUUUGCCGUCUUUGCACAACUACGACGUGAACGUGCUUAAUUUCUCGUUUUAUGGAGAACGUAAACAAGCAGAAGGAAAUUUUCUUUCCCUUUCUGAGCUUGGAAAUUGUCCCUUGGAAUUCAAAUUCAGGAGGGUCCACCUACAUUUGACAAAGUAAGUGGGUAGGAAUAAUCGCGAUAAAGACUGGAAAAACGCAAAUUCACUUUUUAAGCGACGUUCUCGUUGCCGUCACGCCGUUGGAUCUUACAGUCCCUUUUGCCUUUAUGUUUCGAGAUCUGUUUGGAUGGGCCCUGCCGUUACUUAGUCUCUCCCAUGAUAGACACCUAGAGUUAGUCCCUGUCUUUCUUGAGUCCUUUCCUUUCACUCUCUGCAAGACGGACACCUCCCUGAACUGGACACCUACAGUCCUCCAUUGCCGUUCCUUUGUCGUUUGUUGUGAGUUUAUGCAACAGAACUGCAGAAAGAAGAGGACGGCAAAACGCUUGAGUGUGGCAAACGUGACAGGGCUAUUACUUGCGUGUUUUUUAUGUCUUGAUCCCCACUUAACAUUAAUGUUUUCUGGUCUUUGCAAAAAAAUCUGAAGUUUGGCGUAAAGUUAUUUCAAACAAAAUUAUUGUCACGCUUGUCACACAAUGUUUGCUGUCUUCUUUCCCCUCCCGUCCAGUUGCGAAAGUUCACUAGUGAUUUUAAUCAGCGACUGACAACGGCGACGGCAGAGAUAACGUCAAAGAAAGCAGUGCGUUUAAGAAAACAGAAAAAAUUUACGUGAAUAGAUGUGAGUUUUUCUUAUACGCGAAUUCAUUUUAUUUGGGACGUUUCUGCUACCGUAGCUGUUGUGGUUCAGUGCUUAAGCACCCUCUUUAAGGUGCGGUGGACACCAAGCGUUUUCCAUGCGUUUCUUCAGUCGAUUUUCUGUGACUCUUUGUAAGGCGGACAUUUCUGUAAAGUGGACAUCCAGACUUGGUUCCCUCUCUUUUUUAGUCCAUUUGUUUGACUCUCUAUAUGACGGACAGCUCUUAAACGCGGACAUUCAGUGCCCCUCUCAGCGUUGACCGUUCUAAGAGAGAGUUAAUUGUAUUGGAAGAAAGUAGCAGUUUCACUCCAUUAUUCCUGUCUUUAGUUACCAGCGGCCAUGGGGAAAUAUGAAUUAAGCCCUUGACGAAGGGUAGCUCCAUUAACCCUUUUCACUGCCAAGUGUGGCCAAAGGCAAAUUUCGAGCAAAUUUCCACAUUUCAUUUUCUAAAUUUUUUGACAAACAAACAGCAUCAUGUGAAAGUACAGGCCGAGAGCUUUGAUUUGAAUGGUCACAUCAUAGGAUUUCAUCCACAGAAUCAGAAGUUAGAGUCACCGUACAAAACCCUAUCAAACACUCUGGCAGUGAAAGGGUUAAGACGCCCACCAAUCUUGUCAAACAAAUAAACGAAAGCAUUAAGGUUCACCCACCCACUAGUCUCUGUAUACAGUCAACUAUCUCUUAACGGAUGCCUCGCUUAAACAGACACCUCUGUCUGGUCACUGCCUUUCUUCACUUCUGUCCUUUGUCUCUGUACAAGACAGACGCAUCAUUAAAACGGACACCUAGAGUUGGUUACUGCCAUUCUUCACUCCUUUUAUUUGACUGUCUAUAAGACAGACACCUCGCUAAAACGGACGCCUAGAGUUGGUUACUGCCAUUCUUCACUCCUUUUAGUUGACUCUCUAUAAGACAGACACCUCGCUAAAACGGACACCUAGAGUUGGUUACUGCCAUUCUUCACUCCUUUUAGUUGACUCUCUAUAAGACAGACACCUCGCUAAAACGGACACCUAGAGUUGGUUACUGCCAUUCUUUACUCUUUUUGGUUGACUCUCUAUAAGACAGACACCUCUCUAAAACAGACACCUGGACUUGGUUACUGCCUUUCUUCACUCCUUUUGUUUGACUCUCUAUAAGACAGACACCUCGCUAAAACGGACACCUAGAGUUGGUUACUGCCAUUCUUCACUCCCUUUAGUUAUCUCUCUAUAAGACAGACGCCCCGUAAAACGGACACCUAGAGUUGGUCCCUGCCUUUCUCUACUCCCUUUAUUUGACUCACUAUAAGGCGGACGUCUCCUUAAGACGGACACCUAAAGUUGGUCCCUGCCUUUCUUCACUACUGUUAAUUGACUCUCUAUAAGGCGCACAUCUUCCUAAAACGGACACAUAGUGCCGGUCUUAAAGGUGUCCGUUUUAGAGAGAGGUGACAGUGCAAUGUGAAGUCCAGCGAAUUAGAAAUAAGAGUGAGUUCAAAAACUCUGGUGGUAACCUCCCUCACAUGAGCAGAUGCGCGUGAACUAAGUUAACCCUUUCCGUCGCACCUAACAGUGUUCAAUGUAAAAAUCGACAAAACAUUACAAAUUUCUUUUCGCAAAAUCCUAAGAAAUGAAUAGCACUACGUAAAAGUUCUAUGAAAGACGUUUCAUUUGAAUGGUAACACCGUAAGAUUUCAUUCACAAAUUUAAAAAUUAUAAUGACAGAUGAUCUCACUAUAACUUGGUCUAGGGAUAAAGGGCUAAAAUAGACCCGAUUACCAGCCGCUGUUCGGGAACUGAGCCCGCGCUUCGCCCCCAAACAAGAGGGAGGACGAGAGAUCGGCGGAAAUGGAGCCUUGCUUGUGCUUCAGGGUCCUGAGGGUCACGUUUCUCGAAAGACCCGAUAAGUAUCGGGCGCGAAAAACGGUUCUUCUUGUUUACUUUUAAGAUCGAGGCUUCAAUAGUUCUGCAUGUAAUGUGAUAAAGUAAUCAGUUAACAAAAGAAAAUGGGCUGGUUGUUUUAGGACGGGGACCCGCGCUUUUUAUUUCAUGGGUAUGAUGUUGAUUUCGGGCCCAAAAAGUUGCCGGAACUUUUGAGAAACCAGCCCAACGGUUUGGGCGUUAGUUCCCAGUUGCUAGAAAGGAGGAUAAUGCUCUACACUGGUUCGAUCACUAUCCAGUAGAAAACGCAAUUGGUUUUCCAUACAUUUAUUCACUGGAGAGCAAUUUAUCCAGUGGAUACUAACACUCUGCAAAUUUUAAACAAGUGGGAACCGCUGGGCAUUCGAAGACAUCACGAACACUUGCGCGACAUCACGAGCACGUGCGCGACAACACGAACACGUACGCGACAUCACAGACACGUGCGCGACAUCAUGAGCACGUGGGAAGUAAAGGUCUGAGAUCGACCUUGCUGCGGGAGUGUUUUACCAUCACUGCACGGAAAACUAGAAAAUUUCAGUGAUAUUCUCAAAUGGGACAGUUGACCCAGGGGAAACGCUCCCGGAAAGGAUGGAUAUCCACGGGCCCCAGCUGUUUAAAAAGUUGUGUGGGAUAGCCAUAUCCACCUUAAAAAUCACUAUAUAGUAGAUAAGUACCAGACGGACCGAUUGCGUCACUCACUGGAUAGAGAUUUAUCUGGUGGAUGGUGCUAUCCAUAGUUUGAGCAACCGAUAUCAGAUGUCUUCCUCUUUUUUCAUUCGAAACCAAAUGACUGGGAAAUAAUUGUGCUGCUUGUGGAAGUACGCUUGUACAUCUUCUUCCGCAGUCUAAUUUGCGCACUUUUCCGAGGUAACUUUGGCAUUUUUGGUUGAAAGCUUUAAAAUUGCUCGGCUCAUUUCAGUUCGAGUGGAAGUAGUGGUACCAAUAGGGACGUUUCAUUGCGACCAAGUUUUCCUUGCGAAUGGUCAACGCUCCAAGUCACCGAACCGUAAGAGUAUUAAGUCUCGUUAGCCUUUUGGUCUCGUGAGCUUUUAGUCUAAGCAUUGUUCUUUUAUCUGCUUUGGAAUUGAAAAAUGUAUCCGCCUCUUUAAUUUGUUUUUUAUUUUUGUUAUGUUUUGUUUGUUUCGUUUGUUGGCAUGUUCAACUUGAAGGCCAGUUUGGUACAGGAUUUAUACGUAGUCGUUUUGAUUUACUUUCAGAGAACAAAUGGCUGGAUGUUUAUCGGUGAACCACUGGAUAAACCGUACUGCUAUGUAAGUGUAAAGAUUUCAACAAGCUUUAUCACUGUAAACAAAUAUUUCCCACUGCUUGUAGGCCUUUUCAGUUGAUGAAGGACUUCUGUUGGUCGUAAGGGAGCAAGAUGAACCGUCCGAACCUGACUGGCUAAAAAAGCACAAUCUUUUCUAGGAAUUUUCUGGCAUUUCUACAUUUAGUCACUUUAGACACGCGAAAAAACCGGGUCGAGUUAACUUUCGCAAAGACUUCUGGGACUGUUUCUCGGGACAGGGGAAAAAUUGACCAAUAGCUGAUCAGCGCGUCCCUAGUAACCAACCAUCCCAGAAACAAUUGCGGGGCACAUUUCGGCAUCAGGCCCCUUCUCGUUUCUAAAGUGGUGACUUGUCUAUAGAAGUUUAUGUUGCGUCAGGCAGUGAGCGAAUGAAAAUUUUCAGUGUUCAAAGUGUUCGAGAAAUUGUGGCUAUUUUGUGACGUAUGCCAAAAACCUGAUAUUCUCAUUGUUGACAUUAAUGAACCUCGCUUUCAGGACGAGACUAUAGUUAUACGGCGGUACUACAGCGGUGUUCAACGUGGAGACGAGAUCAUCAACGUGAGAGACUCUGUUCUACUGAAAUCAGGCACGCGCAAGAAGGAUCCUCAUUUUGUUGCUCGUGUUUCUGGUCUCUGGGAAGAAGAUGAUGGUAAGACUCGUAAACAAAUAGACACCACAAAUAGACAACAGUCGUCCAUGGUCUGUACUCCUGUAGAGCAUAUAAAUGACUUCAUAAAGCCCCCUGCAACCGGGCCCAACAUGGUUGGGGUUGGGAGUUAUUGCGUCCGUUUGCACGCAGCUAAAAGUUUGACCGGUUUCAAACUUUGCGCAACAACUCCCAUCAACACGCAACAACAUGUAACAGGGUGUGCAAACGGAGGCAACAUGAAACGUCCGAUAAUGUUGUGUCCGUUUGCACGGGGCUUUAUGUCUAAAACUCAAGUGAAGGCAUCGAGUGGUUUCAACAUUUUUGCGUCAUUUCUGUGGUCUGUAAAGCUACGUGCAAACGGACGCAGUAACUCCCAACAUUGUGCUAAACGUUUGACCGAUUUCAAACUUUGCGCAACAACUCGCAACAACGCGCAACAGAGUGUGCAAACGGACGCAACAUGUAACAUCCGACAAUGUUAGGAGUUGUUGGCCAACAAUGUUGCGUCCGUUUGCACGGGGCUUAACAGUACACACCGUGAAAAAUUGUUUUCUGUUCGAGAAAGACAAAAUAUAAUUGCGCUGUGAUCACGUCUUUUCCAUGGACAAUUCUCUCAUUUUAGACCAUACCUCUCGACCAAUCAGCACGCGCGAAAUCGUUGAACAGCCUUGGUAAUAUAUCUUUCAAUCUUUAGGACUUGUAUCGUACUCCCACUGUUCAAAAAUAUGAACUUUCACAGUUUCACCUUCUUCGGGUGUACUGCGAACUCACAGCGUGACCAGCUCCCUAUUCGCUUGAUAGCUGGAGCUAGUCAUCGGUUCGAAUCCUGUCCAAGCCUGAAUUUUUUUUUAAAGCUUUCGUUUCGCAGAUGCGAUGAUCUUGCACGUGUUAAAUCCUUCUCGCGCACUUGAAAUGUAUAAAAAAUUUAUACACAUUCACUUACAAAACAUAACGUUCUUGGUAACAAUCAUAAACCACGUCCGAAAUCGGUAUUGAAAAUUGUUUCACUGUCGUAUCGAGGCAUUUUCAACUUUAAAAAAUGAACUCUCCGACGCCCUCAACUCUCUUCGGUUUGACAACCCUCGGUAACUGUCGAUUUAUGCUCGUUUUCUUUUUCCAAAUGCAGGUCCGAACGCUGGCGAAAUGAUGAUGAGUGUAUUUUGGUACUACAGACCCGAGCAAACAGAAGUCGGUAGAAUUCCAAACUUCCAUGGAGAGGUAGGAGGUUGAAAACACUGUCACUACACGGAUUUUAACUCAGCAAUAGGUCAUUUCAGAGUUGUGCUAAGACUCUGUUUCAAUGCGAGGCUAUGGGGCUGUUUACACUAGAAAGAUCUCAGAAGGCGGAACAACUUUACGUUGGGUUUACAUGCAGAAAUUUCGGUCCGUGUGGUUAACAGUAGCCUGCGAGCAAGCUGUCCGGGGCGCUCUGGCGGCGGGGCGGGAAAAGGAAGGAGACCUUGGAACUGCGUCUCUGGAAUUUGAAUUCCACCUCCAGUUCCCCUGUGGCUCGCCGUCGACUGAGUUGUCAGAUUUCCGCCAAUCAGCGCGAACCGGAAACGAAUGUAAACAAACAUUGAAAGCUAAUGACGUCACUACUAAUGCCAUCUCCCCCAAUCAGCAUUUUGCAUCGAUUUUUUUCGAUGCCGAUAUUCUUAUUCCUUUUCCCACCCCUCCGCCAGAGCGCCCCGGAGAGCUUGCUCGCUGGCUAGGUUAACAGUAUUAAGGAGGAAUUAAAAUUGAAGAAUUCUGAACAGUUCUGCUCUUAGCCUUGUUUCGAAAGGGAGAGAUUUUGGAACUCGGAAAUGGCCCUGUAUGCGAUAGAUUCUCCUCCAAUUCGCCACUGUAUGAACGAAAAGGGAACCGGAGCCGAAGUUCGCCCGCAAUUGUUUCUGGGAUUGUUACUGGUGACGCGCCGGUCAGCUAUUGGUGCAUUUUUUUACCUGUCCCCAGUAACAGUCCCAGAAGUCUUUGCAAGAGUUAACUUGGCCCAGUCUUUUUCUCGUUUCUAAAGUGGCGCGUAAGGAGAUGUGUCAGACCUGUUCCUGGAAGAGCUGAGAGCCCUUCACCCCUCCACCUCCUACCUUUGUGAGCCUGCCUGCCUAUAUAUCUGCGUUGGCGCAUUGGGUAAAAUUAUCGCUUACGAGAAGGUUGACUGUUCGCGUAACGGUCGUCUUAAAUAAUAAUGGUGAGGUUAUGCAACAGGACGGCAACACACCUGUGUGUGCCAAAGUGACAGGCCUAUCACUUGCGUGUUUUGUUGUGAUCUUUAGUGUCUCCUGGUCUUUUACAAAAAGAUCAGUUUAAAGGAAGAUGAAUUUUGAGGCAAAUUUUUUUCAAACAGAAUUAUUGUCACCCAAGGUUUGCCGCCUUCUUUUGCUCUCCCGUCCUGUUGCGUAAGUUCACUAAUUACUUGGUGUCGUUUUGAUUGACAGAUGGAAGUCAUGGCUUCAAGACACAAGGACGAUAACAGUGUGGCGUGUAUUGUGGAUAAAUGUUACGUCCUCAGUUAUCCAGAGUACUGCAGGUAAUGUAAUAGACCUUCGACUUGUAUGUUGUGUUUUGCCAAUUCAGACCACGUGAUGUUCCCCAGGGAAUUUGCCUUUUGUCUUUUCAUAAAUUAUGCAUUCAUAUGUACGUGCAUGUCAUGCACGUUCGUAGGUCUACGUUUGAAAGAAACUCUGGGGUACCAUCACGUGGUCUGAAAUGGGAAAACGAAAAAGAGAAGCUAGAAAGUGCUAUUCCGGUCUUAAGCUUUUUUCAGGCUAAGGGUUUGUGUUCGUGGAGGUGGGGGACCCCAGGUAGGCGAGGUAACCCGCUUAGGUGGGGUAACAUGCCUGUCCAUAUAACCUCUCAUUUUAAUUUGAUCACGUUAACAUGAUGGUUGAGGUGACCAUAUGAGCGAUUAUAUGUACAGGCGGGUUACCCCACCUAAACGGGUAACCUCACCUACCUGGGUUCCUCCACCUCCAUGUAAACAGGCCCUAAGUGUGUAAACGCAAAAGCUGUUCACUCUUGAGGUAAAUAAUUUUAUGGAAAAAUCCGUUGACCACCGUUCUCGUGUGGACGAAAGUCAUAAGUUUGUAUCAUGUUGACAAAGCUGUAGAAAAAUAUAGAAUUAGGGUAGAUUCUAACAACGGUCUUGUGUUUUGCUAACCUAGUCCCUGUUCUUUUGUUUCUAGAUUCCGCGCUCUCAACAGAUUAUUCCGGGAGUUUAGAGAAGCACCUCUUUCACCUGUACCCCCAGGGGAAAGCACAAAACCCGGCUCAGUCCCCCAUCCCCGUACGGAUCCGAGUCUUGUGUUCUUCUGCCGACAAGUGUACGAUUUCCGUAUGGGACGGAUCAUAAAGAACCCCGUGUGAUACUUCUGUCAUCCCGCGCGGAGAUGGGAUUUUUGCUCAUAACUCAGGGAUCAAUGGACUUUGGAUUUGUGUUUUUUAGUUUAGACCACCUGGAACUUCUUCUGUAUCCGUAAAUAAUCCUAAGCUCUUGCGCAAAUUUGCCCCUCAACUCAGUUUCAACUCAGAAACAAAAAGUCAUAUUCUGAUUAUUGUGGUUUUAUUUUGCAGUUCUUUGUGAUGGACUGAGAAAUCUCCCACUAUUUUCUUGACCAAUCAGAAGUCAAAUAAAACCAAUCGUGAUGUGCUUACAUGCGUUUCCCUGUUGUUGGCGUCCGCUGCCUCAAGUGGUUUUGAGAUGUGAUUGGCCGAACCAGUCAUAUUUCGAAGAAGUUCCUUUUAGCGGGCGAUAAGCGCGAGAAAACGUGUGUCACCUAGUCACGAUUGAUUUGUUUACUUCUGAUUGGUCGAGAAAUUGACGUCAGAUUUUUUAGCCAGCCACGAAGCGUUGCAAUGCAAAACCAACCCAAUUUUAAGUUUCGGUUUUUAAUGCCGAUAGGCCCGGAAAAUACCAUAAUACUCUUAAAUGUGCAGGCCUAGCAUUAGUUUAGGUGCACUGGCCUUGGUUGGCAUCUUACGCUAGAAUUCAGAGCUCGUCUGGGCAGUUUUCCCUUGAAUCCACCUCGUUCACACUAAGAAAGUGCUUUGCACGAACAGCUAGUUGCAAGAUCUUACCAAAUACAGGCAAACAAGAAGGUAUUAUGGUAUUUGCGGAAGGGUCUUUUGAAAACCGCUUGAGCAGUGACAGUAAUGUAAUUAUUUAUCAUGAAAACCUUCUAUUGAACUGUCAAAAAAGAAUUGUACGUUAAGUAAGAAAUAUUUAUAGAAAGUUAGUGGAGCAAUGAUUUGUCACCUAACUCAUCAAUUUCGUUAAUUACGUAAAAUAUUAACGAGUUUCUAAGAAAUAUAGUAUUUUUGUUAUAUUAGUUUCAAAGCAGAAUUCACCGAAACGGUACAUGGUAAUUUAUAGUGCACGUCUUAAUGAGUUUGAAUCACGAUACUUAAAAUAAGAAUUUGAGUGUUUUGUGCGUCAAAAACAACGAUUUCUUUGUUUUGGAGUACUUCUGAAAUUAUUCAUAAAUUCCCCUUUUCCCGUACGCUGAAACUUUGUCGAUAAAAACUAUCCCUCGAAAUAAGGUUGUCAAAGACGAAAUAAGUGUUCCUUCUUGUUAAAUUGAAUUUUGUACGUUUGGUUUUGCGGAUUCAGUCUGUAGACUAUCCUUUGUUUCGUAUACUAUCACA